UCUGAAACUGCCAGACUGACUGACAUUUUACAGUACACUCAUUUUAAAAAAUCUAGAUCGAGCACAGUGGCGAAAAAUUCAAAUUUAUUAUCAAAUAAUCGUGCAUAAAAAUGAGUUCGCAGACAAUAAUUCUAAUUUUGUUAAGCAUUUGCAGCAUCUGUAACUGUGAUGUACAAGUAGGACCAGACCCUUGGAACUACGAAUUUGUGCAAAGACCAGAAGAAACUAAUAUACCACCAGAUCUUAGAACACCCUUGAAGAAAGAAAGGCCUGCUGAAUCUAAAUUUGGCUUUGGAGAAUGGUGGUUUAAGAGAUUGCUCGCCAUUAUGCUGAAAAAUGGACAAUUCAAGAAAAACGAAGAGGGCAGUGUCGAUAUCUCUCUACAAAUGAAGUUUGAGCUUGAUAGAUGGGAAGUAUUAGAAGAGUAUUUACAAUCAGAAUCUCCAUUAACUGAUGAUAAGUUCAGGCGCACUGUAGGAUUCAUUGAAGAAGCUAUUUAUAAACCAACUAUUACUGAUAAAAUUGUUAUGGCAUGGAGCGAUUACAUUCAAGUCUAUCUAAUGGAAUAUAAGACAUAUAUUACUCUGAUGCUGGGUCUACUUGCUGCAGUUGGAGUAGUGAUGUGGCUCUGGAAACACAUGUCUCACAAACAUGUUGUCAUCAUUGUAUUAGUCUUCUUAUAUGUCUAUGAAGUUUUUAUAUCUUAUAAAGAAGCCGAACAACAGGAAUAUGAGAAAUUUGUGUCUGCCGUCAAUACUUGCAAAUGGUACUUUUGGACCUCAGAGUGCACAGUACCGCCACCAGAUCCACUAUUGUUCAUGAAACACAUGAAUCCACUAAAAAUAGCAAUCAGAAUGUUCACAUCCUUUAUAUCUGAACCUAUCAUUGCUAUUGAUGCUACCAUAAAGAUCAUGCUCCAUAGUGUUACAAGUGGUCUAAUGUUCCCGUUUGAUAAAAUAGUAUAUGGAUUUUUCAACUUAGUCGUACACAUAUCAUUGAUAUACCUUCUUGUGAUGAUUGUGUUCAAUUUCAUAUUCAAUAUUCCAUUCACCUUGAACUUCCUUGGAGUUGUUAGUGUUGGUGUUAGACAAAAUAGGCCAUCAUUAUUUACUACAAACAGAAGAGAUGAACAGAGAGAAAUACAAAAUAAUAACGCUAAUAGAAUAACUAGUGAAACAUUAGACACAAUUUUAAAUGCUUUCUCCCGUGCUUUGACGAACAGUAACAAUGUUCCAAAUAGAGCCAAUUUGAAUUCAACGAACAGUGUUCCGAUGUUACGAAGGUCGGCAAGCACUGGGCGUCUACCUAACACUUCAUCAGGCACUAAUGAUCAACUGGCAAUUAACAGCAACUUUAGGAGAAGAAUAAAUAUUGGCAGGGGUGAUGGGGAUCAUUAAGGAUGUUUAAUUUUUAUGCACUGUUUUUUAUAUAUAAUAGUUUAAUGUGCUUUUUUCUGUAUAUAUUUUACGCUUGUAAAUACAAAUAAUUGAUAUCAUUUAAUAAUAAAUGUAAUUUUUGUAGUAAAAAAAAAAUAGCAAUUAUUUGUAUUGAUUCAUAUUCUGUGAUAAUAAAAUUUAACAUAAGUUUUAGGGCAUCAAUUAAUUCUUCUUAGGCUCGAAACUGCGUUAAGCAGACACUCACGUGGUCCUUUACAAAAGCGCUCCGGCCGCUUAACGCAGUUUCGGGCCUUAAGCCAAGCAUCAAUUUUAUCAUGUAUUGUAUGUUAAUAAGGUAUUAUUUUCCAUGAUAUUGGUCUAGUCUAAACUAGAAUUUAAUCUAUAUCCUUGCUCUUUCAUGUUGAAGAUGUAAUGAAUGGUUAACUAUACAAACUGAUUGAGGAUUAUAUUCACAAAUUCCACACUAUAGAAAGAUAUAGAAUUUCUAUUCAUUUCCAUGCAUGCCUGUUAUGUGAUACUCAAUAGAAAUUUAUGCUCAGUCCAUUCUUUACAUGUGUAUAAUGUAUAUGAAUGAAUCAUUUGCGCUGGCCUUGGAUAUUUUAGAUUUUUCCGUAACGAAUUUAUAUUUAUAAAACGCUGAUAUUAAUUCCAAUGUAAUCUAACGCUUAAUGUAAUAUUGUUAUCUAAACCCUAGGUUGUACUUGUAAAGAUAUGUAUAUUGCGUUGUGAUGUAUUUUCUUACAUUUUUAUACUUUUAUGUGUCUAAAGAAAUAAAACUAAAACAUA